UGCGCAUACCAGUGGAGGAAAAAUCAACCAAGCUCGGCUUUGGAACUUCCUGUCCAUCUUCAGUCCACUAGAAAAACAAAGAGAAGAAGAAGAAGACGUGAAACCAUGAUGACUGCAUUAGAAAUGUGGAGCAACCUUGGCUCGGUCAUGGCCGGGUUGAUGUUCGCGUGGGCCAUGUUCAAGCAAUACUUCCCUCCCCCGCUCCGCAGGCACAUCGAGGCCUAUGCUCACAAGGCCGUGGGCUACGUAUACCCGUACAUCCACAUCAAGUUCCCGGAGUUCGCCGGUGAGCGGCUCGAGCGGUGCGAGGCCUACACCGCGAUCCAAAACUACCUGACCGCGAGCGCCACCGCCAGGGCCAGGCGGCUCAAGGCCGACUCCGUCAAGGACAGCCAGUCGCUGGUCCUCAGCAUGGACGAGAGCGAGGAGGUGGUCGACGAAUUUGAAGGGGUCAAGCUUCGAUGGUCGUCGCGCCUGAUAGCCUCCCAGAACUCCACGUUUUCCUUUUACAAUUCUUCUAUAGAAAGACGGUUUUAUAGUCUGACCUUCCACCGGAGCCACCGGGACUUGAUCACUGGACCUUACAUAAAGCAUGUCCUGGCGAAGGGAAAGGCGGUGGCGGCUGACAACCGGCAGCGGAAGCUCUUCACCAACAACCCGAGCUCGAACUGGCACUACUACAAGGCGACCAAGUGGAGCCACGUGGCAUUCAAUCACCCCUCGACCUUCGACACCCUGGCGAUGGAGCCGAGCAAGAAGAGGGAGAUCAUGAACGACCUCCUCAAGUUCCGGCGAGGGAAGGAGUACUAUGAGCGGAUCGGCAAGGCGUGGAAGCGUGGCUACCUUCUCUAUGGCCCGCCAGGGACCGGCAAGUCCACGAUGAUUGCCGCGAUAGCCAACUUCCUCAACUACGACGUGUACGACCUCGAGCUGACGACGGUCAAGGACAACACGGAGCUGAGGAAGCUACUGAUUGAGACAUCCGAAAAGGCGAUCAUAGUAAUCGAGGACAUCGACUGCUCGCUCGACCUGACCGGCCAGAGGAAGAAGAAGAAGCAAGAGAAAGACGACGAUGAAGAGAAAGCGGAUCCUGUCAAGAGAAUGGCGAAAGGCAGGGAAGAGAGCAACGACAGCAAGGUCACCCUCUCGGGGCUCCUGAACUUCAUCGACGGGCUGUGGUCGGCCUGCGGGGGUGAGAGGAUCAUCGUGUUCACGACGAACUUCGUGGACAAGCUCGACCCCGCCCUAAUCAGGAGAGGCAGGAUGGACAAGCACAUCGAGAUGUCGUAUUGCUGCUUCGCGGCAUUCAAGGUACUCGCGAGGAAUUACUUGGGCGUCGAGUCGCACCCGCUCUUCACGACGGUGAGGCAGUUGCUGGAGGAGACGAAGAUUUCCCCGGCGGACGUGGCGGAGAACUUGAUGCCCAAGUCGGAUGACGAGAACGAGGAGACUUGCUUGGAGGGGUUGAUCGAAGCGCUGGAAACCGCGAAAGAGGACGCCAGGAAGAAAUCAGAAGAAGAAGCAGCAGCAGCAGAAGCGGAAGCAACUGCAGCUAGAGCAAUGGCUGAGAAAGAAGGGCAAAAGAAAUUGAGUGAAGGAGACCAAGAAAAUGGUGGGAGCGGAUGUUCUCAAGAAGUGAAAGAGAAUGGCGUCCACUGACCAAAUUGAAGAAUGUGUCUUGUGAUUCAUGGAUGACGUAAUUUUCUCUAUUACUAUAUAAAGAAUAAUUGUACGCUUCUAUUGUUUCGAGCAA